UGCUGGCUGAUUGUAUAGAAAUUUAUAAAAUUUCUUCAAAUUAUUGUAUUUAUCAAUACGUAGAAAUAAUUUAUACGUGUUAACUUAAUCAAAAUCAGGAAAAAUGGGGAAACGUCAACAUCAAAAGGAUAAAAUGUAUUUAACGUACACAGAAUGGACCACACUGUAUGGUGGCAAACGUUCUGGUACAGCAAAAGAAGAGGACACAACAUUCAAAAGACUCCCAUUUGACCAUUGCUCUUUGUGCUUGCAACCUUUUGACGAUCCUUACUGUGACGCUGAUGGCAAUAUAUUCGAGUUGCAAGCUAUUAUUGAAUUUCUCAAGAAAUUUAAAAUAAACCCCAUCACUGGAAAGAAAGUAGAUAUUAAAAGUUUGACAAAGUUAAACUUCUUCAAAAAUGCCCAAGAUGAUUAUCAUUGCCCAGUAUUGUUUAAGCCGUUCACAAAAAACUCACAUAUUGUUGCCGUACGACCCACUGGUAAUGUGUAUUGCUAUGAAGCUAUUGAACAGCUCAAUAUCAAAGGCAAGAACUGGAAAGACCUCAUCAAUGACACCCCAUUCACUAGAAGUGACUUAAUAACUAUACAAGAUCCACAUAAUCUGAACAAAUUCAACAUUUCAAACUUUCAUCAUAUAAAAAAUAAUCUUAGAGUGGAAACAGAAGAGGAAAUUGCUAUGAGGAAAGACCCACACGCUAGACUCAAAUCAGUGUCAGCUGAAACAAAAGACAUCUUACAAGAAUUGGAAAAAGAGUAUAAAGCACCAGAAGAGAAGCAAGUUAAAAAAGAGGUUGCAGAUAAGUUCAAUGCGGCUCAUUAUUCAACUGGCAUGGUGGCAGCGAGCUUCACAUCCACUGCCAUGGUCCCAGAAACUGUACACGAGGCUGCUAUACUUUGUGAAGAUGAUGUCAAAUAUGAAAGAGUGAAGAAAAAAGGGUAUGUAAGACUUGUAACCAACUUUGGACAGUUGAACUUUGAGCUCUAUUGUGACCUGUGCCCAAAAGCUUGUGACAACUUUAUCAAGCAUUGUGCAAGUGGCUACUACCAUGGCACAAAGUUCCAUAGAUCUAUUAGAAACUUUAUGAUUCAAGGCGGAGAUCCAACAGGUACAGGUCUUGGUGGUGAAUCAAUCUGGAAGAAACCAUUUGAGGAUGAAAUAAAACCAAACCUGCACCACACCGGACGAGGAGUUCUGUCCAUGGCUAAUUCGGGCCCCAACACAAAUGGAUCACAGUUUUUUAUAACAUUUCGGUCAUGUAAGCAACUAGAUGGGAAACAUACAAUAUUUGGUAAACUGGUUGGAGGUUUGGACACGUUGAAUGCCAUGGAGCAUGUGGAAGUUGACAAUAAGGACAGACCCAUACAAGACAUCAUCAUUGAAGUAACCCAAGUGUUUGUGGACCCAUUUGCAGAAGCUGAAGAGCAGCUCAUAGCAGAAAGGGCUGAGGAAAUAAGAAAGCAAUCGGAAGAACAAGGUCCAAGUAAACCAAAAAAGAAGCAGCCGCUGAAAGUGUUUCGGGAUGGAGUCGGGAAAUAUCUUAAUUUACAAGAAGUUGCAGCAGCCAGCAAGUCAGAAGACGUUCCAGCAAAAAAAAACAAAAAGGAUAAAAAUUACAAAUUCGGUGGUUUUGAUUCUUGGUGAAAUAAUAUUGUACAUAAUAAUAGGCGUAAAUAAUAAAGAUUAAUAGUUA